AUGAUUGCAAACGUUCUACGCGUCGUGCUCUUUCUGCUCCUCAGCAGUCAGCACAACUGUUCUGGAUUUUAUAUUAGAAACAGCGACAAGUCUCUCACAAACAGAGCCCAGGAUAAUGCUCAGCACAACGAUGAAUGGGUUGGCUUCCAAAAUACGCUUGGUUUAACCCAGGAAAAAGUUGAAUUGUUGCGCUCGCAAAAGGAUCAGCAAGGCACAAAGGAGCUGUUGAAUCGUUUUAUUCAGGAAAAUCCAAAAUAUUUGACUGUAACUACAAAGAAACCUCAAGCCAAACAGUCCAGAGAUCAAUUUAAGCUGCUUUUCCGCGCACUGGUUAAUCAACUGAAAGGCUCCAAGGGCAUGCUGAAGACAUCCUUCAACUUUGAGCUGGCCGACAGACGGCCCUUGAAGCCUUUGAAGCGCACACGUCGCAAGAUUGCUGUCAAGAUGGUCUCUGACAUGUCAUCGGAGCGAGUGGAUGAUUUGCUGAAAAUGUUCUAUGAGAAGAACAAUCUUCAGUCCUUUGACUAUCCACAAGGCGAUGAAAGUGAAUAUGACGAUGCAGAGGUUCCAGCGCUGCCGCCAAUGGACUCUGACGUCAACAGUGAUUACGCCUACGAUAAUCUGUAUGAUGACGAAGGAGAUGUUGACCUCACUGCCAAGUCACGUCAGAACUUGGAGUACGGCUCCUUUCAGGAUCUGAUUAUGCAAGCGAAACAGAACCAAUGGGAACUUGAAGAUGAGGAAACCAAAUUACACAGCCCCGAUAAUGAUCAUUUCCUUUCCUAA